GAUACCUCUCGCGGGACGGGGUUCCCGGGUGAGGUAGGAAGGGGCGGUCGUUAAGAGUAGGACACCUUAGUUAGUACAUUAGAAGUUGGGCUUUAGGAUUGUUUUCCGCCUAGGUUUUCUUGUAGUCUCGAGUCUCAUCGCAUUAUUUUUCCGUUCUCAUUACACUUAGACUUACCCAGCACCUUUGGAAACGCAAACAUGAACGUGCUUCAGAACAUGCGUAUGUGGUCCGAUGCGGGCUUCACGGAGGACCAGAAGCGGAAGCAAAACGACCUGCUGGAAAAGUCGAAAGCGCAGCUUCCGAAGCUCGGCCGGGCGUUCGACUUGAAGCACGAGGAGGGUCUGAAGAACGCGUACAUUUUGAAAUCCCGAGCCAGCGAGGCUUCCACCCGCACUCCCUCCGCGCGCAGUGAGAUCAGCUCCCGCUAUCCCACGAAAAAAGUGUUACAGUUACACAUUUGUAGUCAAUUCAGCAACACAAAUUUCUCUGCAUGAGCGAGAAAACUUGUAAUGCAGAAAUCCUACGGGAAAACGCCUAUGAUACGAGGCUUCUAUGAGUAUCCGGCAUGACAGAGCUUGUCUGUCUUGCUUGGCCUGCAACGCAAUGUGUAACUGUCACACUUUUUUCUUGCGAUACCCGCCCGGCAACCUCCUCCGGUGUGAUGAGCACGCGCGCAACGACCCCCGCCGGCGUCUCGAUGAGUAUGAGCCGCGCGUCUUCUUCGAGUCCGACGAAAAUGGGAACGAGGAAUAGUGGGGCGUUCGCCAGGUCGGGCUCCAGUUCGAGAAUGCAAAGCGGAAUCAAACGAAGCACCACUGUCCAGGCUGUCGCAGUGGAGCACGAACAGUAUGUGGAGCAAAUGCAGGCCUUGGGAGUGAACACCGACACGGAUGUAAGUCGGCCCGGAACUGCGCCCGCCGGCAGUAUAUUUGGCUCUCUCAGCAUGAACGCUAACCCAUCUUCAGGAACAACUUCUUCAAUGCGCCCGGGGUCCAGCAUGAACUACAGUAGGUCCUCUAGAAUAAACAAUUACAGCACCAGUAUGACCGCGAGCCGGUCUCAGUCCGCUUCAACUCGCGGAGGCGCGUCCAGCAGUGCCGCGUCCAUGAGGUACAAUUUUGACGCAGAAACCUUGGAAAAAGCGGCGGCACGCCACGACCAGAAGCGGAAGCUGCGACUAGGCGGGCCACGGAACCCGCUUUUCGAGGGGCACUGGCAGGUGUUUAAGAAGCAGUCGGUGGUUUCUUUGGAGCGAGAAUACAAGAUCGCCAGUAAGAAAAAAGUGGAGGAACGGAAGAUCGUGCGGGAUGCGCAUUACGCGUUGGAGAGCCGCGAAAAGGGGCUGAACAUGCCUCCGGAGAUGCCGAGCACCGCCCGAGAGAUGGCGAUCGUGCGCGCGCGUCGGUGGCGCGAUGAGGUUAUGCGGCGGCGGAUCCGGGACGACGUUGCGUCAUUGUUCAACAUGAAUGAUUUGAUGCGCGACUUCGAGAAACGGGUCAAGAAGGUUCGGGAGAAACUUCUGAAGGCCCAGCUCGACCCGCAGAUAAUGAAAAUUGCGGAGGCGCUCGCCGCCGCGGUGCCCACCGCAAAUACUGCGAGUACACCAACCGCCAGCAGUGGGAAUCUCCUUCGGUUGCUCCAGGGAGACGACGACGGCAGGAACGCAGAGUUCUUGGAUUCCAUCGCUCGGCAGUGGCCGUACGGGUACAAAACGGAGCUGUUCAAGUGGCUCGGGCGGUUGUUCAAGGGCGUGAUCGCCGUGGAAACCGGCAGGAGUACUAGCCAGGACGAAAACAACAAAGCGGUCGUAAAGCAGACGAAAUCGGUCCUCAGUCUUUUGAAAGCGAAUCCGAAGCACGCGGGGCAAAUUCAGAAGCUGUUCGCGAUCAUCGACCGGCAUUUCUUGCCGAAAGAGGAGGAAUACAUCGAAGAUAUCGACGAAGAGGCGGAACUGCUGAAGAAAAAGGACUUCAAUCUCGAAGCACGGUUAGAUGUGAAGGAGAAGCAGCGCAUCGACGACAUGCUGGCGCUGAAGCUGGGCGUGCAUGCACCGAGGUGGAAGGGUUUCGGCGAGCCGAUCUACGGCAGUCCGCAGUUUUACGGCCUAGCGCCCGAGCCGGAGCCGCCGGAAGCGACGCCGGUGGUGUUGUCCGACACGAAAGAGUUCGAAAAGCGGGGCUUGGAACUAUUCCGCAGCAGACUUACCAGCUUCGGCACGGCGCAGGACGAGCGCAGAAACAACCAAGAGAAGGCGCGCGACGUGUACACGCAACUGCAGGAGGAGUCCGAUUUCUACCGAAACAGGAAAGUGCCGCCCUGCGCGUGGAACGCGAACGAGACGCUGCUGGGUUCCGUGUGGUACGUGGAUUUUCUCUGGGAGGUGCUGGAGAAAAAGUCGUUGCAACUAGAGCAAAAGAAGGAGUUCGUCCGCUUGAUUGCGCAGCAGCGUGCCAUCGCGCGACGCGACCGGGACGUAAAAUCUACGGUGGAAAACGUGGAGCUGUUCCCCGCCCGGCAAACGAUGUUGGAACCGCUCGCGAAGGGGAAAGAGGAGACGCACGAGGAGGCGCUGGAGCGGAUCCAGGUCAACGUGGACCUGCAGCGGGCGCGGACGAAAAAGCAGCUGUACCUGCAGCGGAGGCGGUGCCAGACCUCGCUGGGCCUGCUUUUCAACCGAAAGAUCGACAUGCAGGCGCUCCAGGGGUACCUGGCCCGGAACAAGUUUGGGGACGUGGACCAGUUCCUCAAGAACUUCCGCGAGUCCCACCCGAACUACCACCGUCCAGAAUCGGCGGGCGGAAGUCUCCCCGGCGCCGAGGAGUCGGUGUCGUACACGAUGGGCAAAAACAUCUACCGCAAGUUGCACGAGGGCAUGGAUCAGCUGAAAAAGUCGAAGGCCAUCCGGAAAGGAGCCGCGGGGGUAUUGCAGCGGGCGCGGAAGCGCUCCAGCAGUCGCGACGAGGAAACGACCGGGGACGAGGCAGCGGGUGAGGACGCCGCGGAUGUCGGUCCGAUCGCAAAGAAAAAGUACAUCAAAUCAAAAUUUUUUUAUUCGUGACUUUUUUCACGUGCCUUCAGGUUCAGGUUGCUAUGAUUGUAUUUGUGUCACAGGCGACGGGGCUCUGCGCUCCGUAGUUUUGUAAAAUUUCAUUGAGCCGGCGAAGGACUAACUGGCAGCGUUUUCACUACUUUCAGGCGUAGCCAGGACAAGGCUGGUGCACGGUACCUGCAGAAGUCAAGUCUCGUCGUGCCACGCGGGAUUGUGAAAGCCUUGGUGGAGAGCAAGCACUCUGUAAUGGCGAUGAUGGAUAGCGGCGAAGAGACACAUGACAUGAAGGACCACCGGCAGAAGCGGCUGCUGGCCAUGCCGAAGAGUGACCCGGUUCUGAAACAGCACCUGGAACGCGUUUUCAUGAAGGUCUUCGCGCAGGAGAUGAAGGCACGAUCGAUCGUCUUGACCGAAAAGCAAAAGUCGGGGUCUCCGUCAAGCACCGCUGAGGUACGAAGAGGAAGAAAGCGCUUAUUGUUAUUUCAACAAGAUAUGAAAUUUGAUUGGUCUCGUCUCUACUUGUUAGUUUUGCUGGCACCACGCAAUGUCUACUUCUCAACUAAAAUCAAAAUGCAAAUCAGAUCUCCACCUCCAGCAUCACUUCGAUGUUGCACCAGCUGCGGCACCUGGACGUGUCCGAGAAGCGCAUCCAGCAGUGCCAGCAGAUGGGCCUCUGCAACAGCGACUCCAUGACGUACGACGAGUGGACGCAGUUUUACAACAUGUACUGCCACUUGGAAAUUGAGGACCUGGCAGUUUUGUUCCACCAGGCUGUCCGCGCGCGCCGACUGCACUCCGCGGCCAUGCGGGCCUUGAUGGAUGACAAGCCCGACCUCGAACCGGUUCUGGACGUUAAGGGGUUCUUGGCGUUGUUGAUGCGCGGAAACAGCUGGAGCUUGCUCGGGGAGUCGUAUUUGAACGACCUUGUGGAGGCGAUUCGCGGGAUCUUCGACGAUUGCGCUCCAACUACGCACAAAGUACACGUGCUCCGCGAGGAGGAGGAGGACGAGGAGGACAUGUUGGGCGCGAACGUGAAGCUGCCGACCAGUCCGUCUUCGCCCGGUGGAGCUAGUGGUAACGUUAUGUCGUCUACAUCCCCGGCGAGCAGCACCAGGAAGACGAAUUUGCGUCUCGGUGGAGGCGCAGGGGAGGUUGAUGCCACUGAUGAGGACAACGAAGACGGCGAGGAACAACCGGAUGGUGCGUCGAAGCAACCGACCACCGGUGCGGAGUACGCAAUCUCUUCCACGAUGAACCGACCACCGGUGCUGAGCAAGCGACGAGACAGCAAAACCUUCGUGGACGAAAACACGGGCGAAGUGUUCGAGAUCGUGGAGCUGCGGACGAUCAACUUCGGGCAGUUCGCGCGCAUGUACUACUACGCGGUGAAAUCGCACGGGUUCAGUAGGGACGAAAUGUCGGAAAUCGAAGACGCUUUUGAGAAAUUCCAUGCGAAAUUCCAGCUCGAGGCAGCGGAAAUCUCGGACAAGGUGCGGAAGCAGAAAGAGAAAAUCAGGUUGCAACGCCGGUUCCAGAUGCAGAGCCAGAUCGGGCUGGAGUUCGACCCGAACGCGACCGCCUCGGAAACGGAGGCGGAGUUGGAGAUGCGCAUGCUGACGCAAGAGGAGAAGCUGGAGCGCUGGGCGGUCGAGAGCAGCGAGCGUGCGGUGCUGAUCAACGUGAAAAAGAGCAUAAGGCCCAUGCUGAAUUGGCUCGGGUUUGCGGCAGAGGAGCUCCCCGAAAAAGAGAUUGACAAGCGGUUGGCGCAGGUUGUCACGCACGUGGGUGCGCAAAACAAAUUCGGUACCGUAGACCUGGAUGGACCGAUUGACUUGAUGCGCAAGAUGCUCGCGGAGGGAACGGUAGUACCCCUUCCGAAGAAGGAAAGCGAAGCCCUGGCGACAGUUGCGGAAGAGCAAGAAGUUGAGGACAAGGCGGACGCAGGUUCGUUCUCGCUAUUUUGCUUUUGGUUUUGACUGCGUAGUUGCUCUUCGCCGCAUAAGAUUAUCUCGUGGUUAUGUGUACAACUAGGGUAAGUCUAAGUGUCGAAGUAGAAAAGCUGAAGGGAAAAUAUCUGCAUCCUCAUGAUUACAGUCUACGGUCGUCGCCCCCAAUCGGGGAACAAGCCUUCCAAGAUCCAGGAAGCCAAAUAUCUGCCACCGGAGGGCUUCUGCUGGUUCACUUUCCCGCAGACGGUUUACGCUUUGUCCUUGUUCCGGGAGUACUUCGCGCAGUCCGUUUGCGACCGGUUUAUGCAGGCGGACGUGGACGGAUCGGGCGGGGUGGACAGCGAGGAGUUGGCGAACAUAUUGUCGGUGGUAAACCAGAGCAGCGUGACGCAGGAGUUCCUGCAGGAUUUGUACACGGACAUCGGGAAGGACCUCGACGACGAGUUAACGUUAGAGGAAUUCAACGAGGUGUACAAGUUGUACCGCACGCGGGCGGGAUUUUCCAACAACGAGAUUGUCGAGUUCCACGCGGCCUUCGACAAGUUUGCCGAGCCAUUGAGUAAGUUAAAGCGAAUCGAGGAAACAAAGAAGACAAAGCUGCUGUCACUCGUCAACAAAACCGCACCGCCCGAGGGGUCUGGAAUGGCGAACGGACAUACGAACGGUGCCGGUGCUGCUUCUAACGGCGCGGCCAACGGAACCACCGCGGCAGCCGCCAGCGCGGCAAGCAGCCCCGGAGAACAAGAAGCGGCGUCAGCAAGUCCAACCUCUCCGCAACAGCCAGCUGCCGCAGUUGAGCAGACAAAGAGCCGCAGGACGACUGCCAGCUCCGGUCACCAGCAACAGCAGCAGAACAAAAAAACACCGGGCGCACGCGGCGCUGAUUCAGCGACUUCGAGCGAAGAUGACGAGCAGGUUCUGGCUGACAUGCAACAGGACCCGAAUCUUCGCGGAUCGAGAAGGAGCAGUCUGGCGACGAGCAUCAGCGCAGGCGGCGGCGAGUUUGGUGGGUCCAGACCAGGAUCGCCCUCCGGCAGGCACGUGAGCAUUAUGGACGUUCCCGGGAGUCCUCGAUCGAGAAUGAGUGGCAAAGGGGUGACCACCAGCCAAAUUUUUGGCAGCGCGUCGGGUGCGGCCUUGCUGGAUGAUGAACAGGACCAGGCCUGGAUUGACGACAUGCUGUUCGAUCCGGAGACCAUGCGCACGGUGAAGGACAACAAAAGCACAAAGCACAUGAUGAAAAUGGGCUUCAUGAAGCUCAAAUUCGCGCGCCACUUGCGGAAAGCGCUCCAGGCAAUCCGGCAAAGACCCGCACACCUGCAGCACGGCGGGUUGCAGCAGGCGCGGCACGAUGAGCGCGACCGGGGGAACAUUCAAAAUAAGCAGGUGCUGUUUCUUGCGGUUUCGCAACUCGACAAGGUGUUCCGGUGGCUGGGCUACGACGCGAUGCCGGACUAUUUGAUCCGAAAAUCGGCGGAACUGGGGAUCGACUUCGCGGUGGACCGGUAUGACUUCCUGAAAAUCGCAAAAGCGGUGAAGGACGUGAUGCACAUGUCCUUCUCCUUCCGCUGGGCCCAAAUAUCCCACCUGAACCCCUUGGACAACCAACGGUAUUGCACCUUCGCCAGCUUGACGUCGAUGUUGAAGGGGUUGGGUUACGCGACGUCAGUGGCCAUGGCCAAUCGGGCGGCGCUGGAAACAUGUACAAGCAACGAACAGACUUUCAUAUUCCAGAUUUUCUUUGUUGAAAUUGAAUUUUCAUCAUCUCAAGUUUUGUUUAUGAUUUUCAAAAUAAAAAUGAAACGCAAAAAAUAAAACGAGGUCCCGCUCUGGAUUGGAUUCUGAACCGCGAGAACAUCGACCCCGGCACCCUUGCCAUGAUGACGGUGAGCGAACCCAUCGCGUGGCCCACUGACUUGAGCAUGGUCCAAAAUGAGGAGACGCGAAAGAUGCUAAAGACGAGGCAGCGCGUUACCCAGCAACGCGCGCAACUAUUGAAGAACCGCCGGAGCAGCAGCAGUAGUGCCAGUUUGGGCUCGCAUGACUCUAUGCCAGUCGCAGCAGCCGCAGCUGUUCCGGUAGAGUUAGCAGACCGAGUAGACGGUGAAGAUUCAUUUGACGUCGAUCGGCAAGUCACCGAGGAGGUGGAUGACGAAAACGAAAUUCCAGCCCAUCUGCCGGUCUUUGACCCGCGCGCGACCGCAACGUCUGUGAACUUCGAUCCGGUGAGCACGAAGCAGGAUUUGUUCGAGACGGUGUUGAAAGACAAGUGGAUGUCGGAAAAGCAGUGCCGAGACGCGUGCAGCGCCGCACGAAGAAUGGCGAAAGAGAACUACCAAAAGUACAGCGGGUUCUCGGACGUGGAAGUACUGGAAUUCAAGCAGCAGUUCAUGCGGCACGCGGUGCGGGUGAGCGACUUGACCGAGGACCGGGCGCUCUUCGGGUUCGGCCUCCGGAAGGUGCUGCUGGACCUGUUCCCGGAUGCCACGCGAGACCCCGCGGUACACGCACUCAUGGCGGAUGUGCUCGAUGCGGUGGACCGGGACCGGUCGGGAACCAUCGACUUCGCUGAGUACCUGCAAAUCAUGCGGGUACACACGGACGCGAAACAGAAUCUGUUGUAGGAGGAUGUGGAUGAAAUCAUGUUGCGUUCGUGAUGGUGAUGGAAUCGGGAAAAAAACUCACGUUGAGCAUGAGGCACAGAAGUAAAUGAAAUCGCUACCGAGGUGUACUAAGUUUUUCAUGCAAGAAGAUGAAUAGAUGAUAGAACAUACAAGGAGUACAUGUGGAAGUACCGAUGUUAAUCGAUGUGAUUUCAGAAUUUCAGUUUCGACUAAAGUUUCAUUUAUCAAAAGUCAAGCGUUCUCUGUAUGCGAGUUUCAUCUUAGAUUCAGUUUCCUGUAAUGUAGUUUUACGAAAAUAUGCACAAUGCGAUCGAAAUACACGUAAUCGUAAUACUAGUUGUGUCAAGAACUGUAUAAAAUUUUUGUGAUGUUUGGUCAUAUUCAUAAACUGUUUUGUUGUCGUUUGUGGUGCUUGUUGUACUUAGGUUUGUGUAUCAUACUGCUUUCCCUGGGACUUCUGUAGAUCGUCGCACUUUUUUCUGUACACUAGAGCGAUUUGCACGCUCCGCGUUAGCGCGUAAUAUCAUUUGUAAAAUUCAAAAUACAACGAGGAGGAGGAGGACGCAGAUGAGAUCCAUUUGAAGGAUCAGUAAAGCCUCAAAUAAGCCAAACUUGCAGUUGCGCUUUGGCAGUUCUAUCGGAUGUCAACAUAGAGAUACUAGUGCGACGAGGAGCGAAUGCGAAACGGGAGCACUUCACGGAGUGAAUAGGUACAGACGCACUUGGAUCUUGGAGUGCGUGG